CGUGUUUGUUUAUGGCAACAUUCUUCGAAGAAAAUUGCUUGUUAAAAGUUCAGAUAAAUCGAUGCGAGAAUACAAAAUACUGAGUACCAAGAGAGAACAAAGUUUUCCUUUAGUUUACGAUUUGUUAUUGACGAUUUUUUCUUUUACUGAUCAGAAUAUACGACAGUAUCAUUUUCAUCAAUUCCUCGAUCAUUAUUAUAAAUGUUUGCAAACGAAAAUGCAGAAGUUAUCCUUGGACGUAACGAAGUGUUUGCCGUUAGCGAGGUUCCAAAGUCAGCUUCACAAAUUUCUUCCCUUUGUUAAAUUAGAUAUUUUAAAACAAUGCUGCCAGGCAUUUAUAAAUGAAACUAGCAGAAAAAAAUUGAAGCAGUAUGAAACAAUCCGUGUAGCGAUCUUAGAAAUCAUCGAGUGCGUUUCGCACCCAAAUUUAUCUCGAGAGGACUGUUAUAAGAUUCUAAAAAAUAAAAUUGGUUCAAGUGAUUAUAGACUUUUGAAUUAUAGAUUAAUACCACUACAAGAGCGCGAAGGAUAUUUGGGAGAUUAUUUUAAAUUAAAAAUUGAAGUAGAAUAUGCUGGUACGGUUAAAUUGUUACACCUUUUUUCUAAAUAUUUGCCGACUUACAGCGAUAUGGCAAUGGAUUUAGCAAAAGAUUCAUUUAAAAAAGAAGAAUUCUAUUAUUUGGAAUUCAUACCUGAAUUAAAUGAUUUAGGAUUAAAAGAUAUUACGAACUUUCUACCAAAGUGUUAUUUUUCAAGAACCAAUGAAGUGUUAAUAUUCGAAGACAUGACUAUGAUGAAUUAUAAAACUGUUCAUGUAAGUGUAACAUACAGCUAUGAAAUGUUGUUAAUUACAAUUAAGCAACUAGAUAAAAUUCAUGCUUCAUCCUUACUCUAUGAAGAAUUACUAUCCAAAAAAACUAACGAAAUUGUAAGGAUUGAUGUAAAAUAUCCAGACAACGUUGAGGAAAAAACUGUUUGUAAAAAGGAGACUCUUGCUAAAAAGACUUUGGACUGUGCAAUUACAACUUUUUUAAACAUGUUAAGCAAGUUUCUUGAUAUUCCUAAGAAAUUUUCAAUGGAGGAAUUUCAGAAGAGAGGACAAUUAGCAUUUGACUUGUGUUUCGAAAAAGUGAAGAAAUCUGAUAAAUUUAGAAACGUGUUUUGCCAAGGAGACUGCUGGGCAAGCAAUAUAUUAUUUAAAAAUGAUAAAGACAGCAUGCCAAUCGAUUGCUAUUUGGUGGAUUUUCAGUUAACCAGAUACUGCCCCCCUGCCCACGACUUAAUGUUUUUAUUUUACAUGUCCACGACCAAAGAAAUCAGGACAAAAUAUAAAUCUAAAUUACUUCGUGAAUAUUAUUCGGAACUGUCGAACAUUUUACAAAGAUAUAAAAUUGAUUUGCAGAAGAUAUAUACUUACCAACAGUUCCUGGAAUUAUGAUUUUACAAUUCGUGUUGUUUCCAGAAGAAAAAUUGAGAAAUAUUUUUAAAGAUAAGGAGCAAGUUAGCAGAUUGUUUUAUGUGAACCGAGACAUUUUUAUAGAAGAACUGCAAUAUGAGGGGGCAUACGCACAAAGAAUGAAGGAGAUGGCAGAAGAAUUAUAUGAAGUUUGUGAAAAUAUUAAAUUGUAGCAUGUUAAAAAUUAUUUAAUAUAUUUUUUAUUUUAUUAAUUUAUUUAUAUUCUGAUGUCCUUAAUAGUAUAUUAAUUUAUUUUGUAUACACAAUUAUUUUUAUAAAUCAUGCAACAUUCUUUUUACGUAAGACCUGACAAAGUAAAGAAAAAACUAGCCUUAAGUUGCCAAUGUUCUUUAUCAUUUUUAGGGAGCUUGUAUAAUAUUCUUAAGAAAAUUGUCGAUUUUUCAGUA